CGAUCUUUCAAGGUUUGGGAUUUUUGAGGUAUUGGCUUGUGGGAUAAUACUGUCUCUUCUUUUAAAGAUUUUCGCGUCGAAGUUUGGUGUUCGCUUGGAUGUUGGAAACAAGUCCUUGAAUUUUGAUUCUAUUGAGGAAAAUGUGAUGAACUCUCCAAAGCAGGAGGGAGAUACACCAGAUGUUCAGAAAACUCAAGGAGAAUCACCGAAGGAAAUAAAAUCUCUCAGCAUCAGUGAGGAGGGUCCCAAUGUAGACGAAGGGAAAAAGCUAGAUGACUUGAAUCCCAAGAUGGAUGAGACUAGGGAAUUGGAGUCCAAAAAUCUGGAGGACACUACUCAGUCUGUUGAAGAGGUUCUUGGUGAGGAGAAAGUGGAAGACCCAGUCUUUGAUGGAACAGAGGUUCCUGGGAUGGAAAUUGGUAGGAGUACAUCUACUCGCUCUUUAGAUUUUGAGGGUGAGACACAGGGAUCUGCAUGGCCUGAUAAGGCAGCAGCACUUAAAAACUUUGUGAAGGAGAAGGGUGCAGUUGCAGUCUCCACUCUUUUGCGUCGCCUUUCUGGAAAAGUAGAUGAUGAUGGGCGUCCUGUUUCUGAGGAUGAUGAUAUCACAAGUGUUAAGAGUGAUAAAGAUGGAGGCAGUGUUGAUAAUGAUAAUGAUGAAAGUUGUGUUAAGGAUGUUGCGAAUCCUGCCAAAGAAGCUAACACCAAAGAUAUCAGUCAGAACAUGGUAGAACGUUUUACGUGGAAUCCCCUUAGUUUUAUUAAGGUUUCACGUGAUGUAAAUGCAGAAAAUAAGACUGAACAGAUGGGGGAAGUUAUUGAAGAAUCAGCACAACCAAUAGCCAUGAAAGGAAGAAUUGUACUUUAUACAAGUUUAGGAUGUCAGGAUUGUAAGGAAGCUCGGUUAUUUCUGCAUUGGAAAAGGCUAAGGUACAUUGAGAUUAACAUUGAUGUCUACCCCAGUAGAAAGCUGGAGCUGGAGAAGAUCUGUGGGUCUUCUGCUGUUCCUAAAGUCUUCUUUAAUGAAGCCCUUAUUGGUGGAGUGAGUGACUUAAAGGCCCUGGAUGAGUCUGGAAAGCUUGAUGAGAAGAUCAAUCAUUUGAUUACUGAAGCACCCUCGAGAGCAGCUCCUAUGCCACCUCUUUCUGGUGAAGAUGACGCAUACAAUAGUGGGGCAAUUGAUGAACUUGCUGUUGUUGUCCAAAAGAUGAGAGGAUCUAUUGUUAUUAAGGAUCGAUUUUAUAAAAUGCGUAGGUUCACCAACUGCUUUUUGGGUUCAGAAGCCGUGGACUUCUUAUCAGAGGAUCAGUACCUGGAAAGGGAGGAGGCCAUUGAAUUUGCACGAAAGCUUGCUAGCAAACUCUUUUUCACACAUGUUCUUGACGAGAAUGUCUUUGAGGAUGGUUCCCACUUGUACCGCUUCUUGGAUCAUGAUCCUGUUGUGUCAUCACAAUGUCAUAACAUUCCGAGGGGUAUAAUUGAUGUGAAGCCGAAACCCAUAGUAGAUAUUUCUUCAAGACUAAGAUUUUUAUCUUAUGCAAUAUUUGAAGCUUACACAUCAGAUGAUGGAAAGCAUGUUGAUUACAGAAGUAUCCAUGGAAGCGAGGAAUUUGCAAGGUAUCUAAGAGUAGUUGAGGCGCUUCAAAGGGUAGAUUUGCAAGACAUGUCAAGGGAGGAGAAGCUCGCAUUCUUUAUAAAUCUAUAUAACAUGAUGGCUAUCCAUGCAAUACUGGUGUGGGGUUAUCCAAUUGGAGCGCUAGAGCGAAGAAGGUUGCUUGGUGAUUUCAAGUAUGUUAUUGGUGGGUCUACCUACUCGCUUUCAGCUAUUCAUAAUGGCAUCUUGAGAGGCAAUCAGCGCCCACCUUACAAUCUCAUCAAGCCAUUCAGCAUUAAGGACAAGCGUUCAAAGGUGGCUCUUCCUUACCCAGAGCCUCUUGUUCAUUUUGCACUGGUGUGUGGUAACCGAUCUGGGCCUGCUCUGCGAUGCUACUCACCUGGGGACAUUGAUAAAGAGUUGAUGGAGGCUGCACGCAAUUUUAUGAGAACUGGGGGACUCAUUGUAGAUUUCAAAGGCAAGGUUGCAUCGGUCAGCAAGAUUCUUAGAUGGUAUAGCGUGGACUUCGGCAAGAACGAAACGGAGGUGUUGAAGCAUGCGGCCAACUACGUGGAGCCCAACGAAUCAGAGGCUUUACUGGAGCUACUGGUCAGUGGGCAGUUGAAGGUGAUUUAUCAACCUUAUGACUGGGGUUUGAACUGCUAGCGUUUGUUUCGGUUCUGUGUCAUACACUGCUUCACUUAUAUAUAUGGCUUCCCUUGUUUUACAAAGAGUGUAGGAGGGAAAUGUUUAUAGUCUUUUUCUAUUUGAGAGUUUCUUUGCUUCACUUAGGAAAUGUUUUACUUGUACUCUCCUAUAUAAAUUUGGCCUGGCUUUAAUAAUUAGAGGGGGUACCAUUCUCACUAA